AUGGUUCGUCUCGAGAAACGCAGCGUCGUCUCCGUUUUACUGUUUUCGUUGACUCCCACCAAACCGUACCGAGUUCUUCUCUUCCGCCGCUCUGAAAAGGUCUCGACCUAUAGAAACAAGCUCGCACCAAUAGCAGGCUCCUUGGAACCAGAGGACAAAACACCACUUGAUGCAGCCUGGCGAGAGUUGAAAGAGGAGACUUGUCUUGGACCACAACAUAUUGAACUUUGGAGGAGCGGCCCAGGGUUCCAGUUCACAGACGAGAAAGCUGUGAUUGGUAAAGAUGGAAAAGGUGAGACGGUCGGAAGAAUAUGGCAUGUGUGGCCCUUUGCUUUUCGUUUCAAGAAGGACCUCGUAGAUGAGCAAAACAACGUGGACACGUCCACGUUCAAGAUGAACUGGGAGCAUGUCAGUCUUGAAUGGAACCUUGUCGAUGACAUACUGAGUGGAAGGAUCCUUGACCAGUGUGUACCCAGACUCGAAAUCACUCUUGGACAGGUAUGGGUUGAUCCAGACAGCCAACUCUACAAGGGAAUGGAAGAAUUGCGCCUCGAUCAUACCCAUGGAGCCAGAGAAUUGGCUACGAUGGCAGUCAAGACCUUGGUGAGGAUCGUAGAGGAUGCACAGCAAGAGAACAAGAUGAUAUCUCAGGAGGACCUUGCGCAAUGGUGGACAGACGUGCGCUUGCAAGCUUUCCACCUGGCGUUCAACGCACGUCCAAGCAUGGGCGCUGCGAUAUCUAGUGCUGUUGUGAAGGCACUGCAAACUGCACAGAGUGUCGUUGAUGCCGCUGGUCCGCCGACGGCUACAGUUAUGGAAGAUGUAAGAGGGAGCCUAGAAGCGUAUGUCGCUAAACGAACGGAAAUCGCUAAGCGGGUGAGUGCGCAAUUUUCGACUCUUCUGAAAGACAUGUUUCCCUCAACGGACCGAGAUGGGGGCGACAGGCAGCCGAUCAAGAUCUUGACACUGAGUUUUUCGUCGACCAUCAAAGCGGCAAUACUGCAUGCGUUGGACGAAGAUGAAACGCGGAGGGUCGAACUCCGCAUUCUGGAGUCACGACCUCUCCUUGAAGGUGUUAAUUUCGCGCAAGAGUUGACGAGAGAAGCGCAAGACCGGCUGCAAGGCCAGAAGGCAGGCCCCCGGUUGCAUGACCGACUACGGAUCCACGUGUCGACGGAUGCUUCUGUCGGGGUUCUCAGUAGAGACGCCGAUGUCCUGGCCAUCGGCGCAGAUCGUAUCUCCGAGUCUGGGGAUGUGAGUAACAAGACUGGUUCUCUACCAGCAGUAUUGACCAGCAAGGAGGUCACGCACGGGUCUAUCAAAGUGGUCUGCAUCAGCAAAACCGAUAAAAUUGCUCCCCCUGGAGCGGCUGAAGAGCAUUCCGACGAAGUCAAUGACAAGAAAGAAGUCAUGGGGAGCUGGGAAGGAAAACUUCCUUCGUCCUGGGACGAAAUGGUCACUGUCCGAAAUGUAUAUUUUGAAUGGGUUCCGGUCAAGUACAUCGACUUAUACGUCUGUGAGGACGGUAUUCUUGAUCGAGACGAUAUCAAGACGAGGUCAAAAGUUGUGGCAGACUUGACUACAAAAGCGUUUUCGGAUUUGUCCAAAGCUCGCGAUUAUUGA